AUGAAGAUUCAAGCUUUCCUGAUUAUUGCUGUUGUAACAGCUGUUGAAACUUCUUUUACAAUCUUUCUAGCCCUGCUGCCUCUAGUAAACUGCGCUCCAGCAGAAAACGCUACGGAGGAAGAGGACCGAUCUUGUACGAAAAGGGACAAGGACGCCGAAAACCCGAGCACACCCGUACCAGGCUGCAAUUACUAUUGCGAACCUGAAAAAGGAAGCAACAACUAUGUAGAAAAGUACUAUAAGGAUGGUACGCCAUGCCAGUACAACACUCAGCUGACAAGCAAGUGCAAAGACAAAACAUGCUAUCAUCCAGAGGACCCUAUAUAUAAGAAGGAUAAGGAAAAUAAGAAUCCAGAAAACAAAGAGGAAAAGCAAAAGGAAGAGGAGAAAACUAAAGAGGACAAGAAUGAAGACGGACAAAAGGAAGACGAGACAACCAAAGAGGAUGAAAAUGAAGAGGAACAAACGGAAGAGACAAUUAAAGAGGAUAAAAAUAAAGAGGAGCAAAACGAAGGCGGGCCAAAGGAGGAGGAGAAUAAGGAGGAGGAAGAAGGAAAGGAAGGAAAUGAGGGGGAAAGCGAAGGUAAAGGAGAAGAAGGGACAGAAGAAGGGAAAGAAAAAGAGAACGAUAAAACUACUGAAGAGGAAAGUGAUACAGGCACAGAGGCAACUUAAGAAACCAGAAGGAAGUCAAGCGCA